AUUCUCUUACUGGGACCACUUUAUAAGUGAUCAUCUAGACGUACUCGAACUUUCGUGAGCAUUCGCAUUCAUAUUUCAUACCAGCAGAGUAGAGCCAGUCGAGUAUGGAAUACAAGAGGUACAAGAGUAAAUUAAUUACUUGACACUGUGUAACAAUUCAGUUAGUGUCAGACUAAAAGAAAAUACGACGAUAUUGUUGGAGUCAACAAGAAAACAAUUAUUUUCUAAUCGAUAAUUAAAAUUAUUUAUAAUGCAAGACAACAGAGAUUUUGAUGAUGAUCAGUCGAGUCAGAAAAUGUUGAAAAGUUUAACUAAAAAUCCAUUUCUUCUGGUUGGAGUCGCUGGUUUCUUAGCGACAGCAGGAAUUGGCGGUUACAGAUUUUUUACCAGACCAAAAGGUUCACCGGCAUCAUUAUUCUUAAUUCAACUUCGUGUCACAGCACAGUCUGUUGUAAUUGGCAGUUUAACUGUUGGAAUGGUCUAUGGGAUGGUAGACCAUUGGAUUUUGAACCCAAGAAUAAAGAAAACUGAUAUCGCCGUUGGUGAAAAUAAAUAAUUAACAUGCAAUAAUUAAUAAACAGAUAAAAGUUGAUAGAUUUUUUUUUUCUCUUUUUGAAUUGUACAAAAGUGAUGUCAUUUAAUAUCAUGCUACCUCAUUUAGAUAUUUUUUUUUCAUCAGCCAUCAGAUACUCAUAUUAUAUUAUUUUUAAAUGUUAAUAUAUUUAUUUGUUAAUGAUGUGAAGAAAGUAAAAAGACAAACUUCUGUGGUCAUCUUCAGAGCUUACGACUAAAUCAUAAAAUGGUAUUAGAGUGAUAUAUUGUAGCAAUAUUUGUUUAUUCUAUGUCCAAUUGUAUAAUUAACUUAAGCAGUAGAUGUAAUAAAAUGUAUAAUUUCGAAA